UGUGGCUGGCUUUAAAACAUGAUGAACGUUUUGGAGUUUGAGAGGCUGGUAUGGCCUUCAUUAUCUCUUGUUGCAACUUUUGUGUCAGGUCUCCUAUUCAUAAUAGCAAUGGCAACACCAGGAUGGUUCAAAAUUGAUCUCCAGUUGUUUGGUCAAGCUAGAGGCAAUAUAUCACUCGGAUUGAUACAGGGAAGGCAAGUUAUUGAUGGAGAAGAUGGUGCUCUUCUGCAAGACACUCACUUUUACACAUUUGAGAAGUUUGAUGGUGUUAUUGGUCUUGUCUCACUCUACCUGCUUCUCUUGUUCCUUCUCCUCACAAUACCUUUGUCUUUGCUAAACCUCUGCGUUGAAUUCUUGAACACGUAUCAAGUUGUCAAAAAAUGGUGGAAGGGGCCCUCAGCCAUUUAUGUCCUCAGCCUCAUUAUUGUUGUAUUAGCUUCUUUGUCAGCAGCAGUAUCCAGUGAUUUCUAUGUUGUUGAUCUCUCUGAUCCUCAUAACAUACAUCAAAUCAUCAAUAACUCUUUGCCUUCUGCAAAUCUUCAUAAAUAUGAAGGAACUGCUAGCCUCCAAUAUUCUGCAUAUUUAUUUUAUGUUGGUGCUUGUAUCUCUGUACUACCGGUCCUCCUGUCAUGGCGGCUUGCUGUACUUUUACCUGUCUUCUAUGAUGUGAAGGUGUUAGGAAAGAUGGGUAUAGACAUACCAGAGAGAACUGAAUUGGAAGUGUAUGAGGGACAAGAAGUUGCCAGUGAUGAGGAGGAGGAUGAAGAAGGGGAGGAGGAGGAAGAUUCUGAUGAUGAUGAUGAUGAUGAUGAUGAUGACGAUGAAGAGAGUGAAGAGUCUUAUCAUUACCCUUCAAGUUCUCAGCAGCCAAAGAGGCCAGUGGCAGCAGGAUAUUUAACAUACCACCAGUGAUAGUCAUUAUUAUUAUUAUUAUAAAACAACUUUACAUACAUCUUUUUUUACAUCAACGUUUUAAUAUAGUAUGUCAGAGAUCCAA